AUGCGGGAUUUAGAAAAGGCGGUGAGAGAGCAAAGAGAAGAUGGCUUACAGGUAGCAUACUUUGAGGGCAAAGGGCGUGGCGUUAUUGCUACCCGUGCGUUCGGACGCGGACAGUUUGUGGUGGAGUACGCCGGAGAGCUGGUAGGCGUAGCAGAGGCCCGGGAAAGGGAACAACGCUACGCUCAGGACCCCGAAGCCGGUUGCUACAUGUAUUAUUUCAGACAUGGUGAUCAGCAGUAUUGCAUCGACGCAACAGCGGAGAGCGGUCGUUUGGGCCGACUCGUGAACCAUUCGCGCAACGGCAACCUCCACACGAAGGCACUGUGGGUGGACGGACCGCGACUGGUGUUGCUCGCCGCUCACGACAUCGCGCCAGGGGAUGAGCUCACGUAUGACUAUGGAGACCGCUCGCGCGAGUCGCUCAGACAUCACCCCUGGCUUGCGCUC